UCGCUCAAGACACACGACCGUGCUCCGCGUUCCAUAUUUGAUUUGUUUUAAAAUCGACUCAGAAGCAGCGCGAUUUCGCAUUUUAGCAGCCGAUUUCGUCAUCGCGGAACAUACGGCUCAAUAGCAUAAAUAGCAGCGACUGGUAGUGACAGUGAUUAGAUCGGAUUAAUCGCAUGGAAUUCGCGCGCGUCGCCAAAUGUCAAAACAAUUAACAAAAACAGCGAGCAGAAGCAACAAAUGCCAAUCGUGAGGUACAGCUAACUAAAGCGGAGAAGAAUAGUAAGAAGUAAGAAGCAGAAGCCGAAGCAGGAGCAAAGCAGGCGAGCAAGAACUGUGAUAAAGUUAAGUGGUAAACAAGCAAACGGCAUGGAUAACAGUAGCGGCCCGAACAGCGGUACAGCGUCGGCGGCGGCCAACAAAAUAGUCAACUAUUCGAUGCCCUCAUCACCAGCGUCGCCCUCGUCAUCGCCCUCAUCACCCGCCCCCACAUCUACCAGCAUGAAUUCCAGCAGUACCAGCACCACCAGCAGCGAGGACACUGUACAUGGCGGCGUAGGACCAUCACUGUUCACCCCCAAGAAGGACUUCACCAACCCCAAGAUGCUGCAAGCCAUCAGGGAGAAGCUGCUGACGCCCGGAGGCGCCUGUGAACUAAUGGCCCUGGGAAUCGCCGCCGAACCCACCGACCAGCAGCCGGUCAAGCUAAUCAAGCAGCGGUACCUGAUAAACGCCCAACCUAGUCACAUAUCGGCCGCCGCGGUGGCCAAGACGCCCGCCUCCUACCGCCACCUCGUCGAUCUCACGGCAUCCAACCUGCGCUGCGUGGACGUCUUCACCGGGCAGCAGUAUCUCUGCCGGAUCGUCAACGAACCCCUGCACAAGGUGCAACGCGCCUACUUCCAGCUGCAGCAACAGGACGAGGAGCUGCGUCGCAGCACCAUCUACGGCCACCCGCUCAUCCGACCCGUGCACGACAUCGUACCUCUGUCCAAGGACCGCACCUACAUUCUGAUUGCCCCGGCGCCCCAGGAAAAGGACUCGGUGGGAGGACUGACUGGCGUCUACGAGAACCUGCACACCUAUAUCCGGCACGAGAAGCGACUGUGCGAGGCGGAGGCCAGGGCGAUAUUCCACCAGAUCUGCCAGACGGUCCAGGUGUGCCACCGCAACGGGAUUAUCCUCAGGGACCUGAAGCUGAAGCGGUUCUACUUCAUCGACGAGGCGAGAACCAAACUGCAGUACGAAUCAUUGGAAGGCUCGAUGAUCCUCGACGGCGAGGACGACACCCUCAGCGACAAGAUCGGCUGCCCGCUGUACACCGCCCCGGAGCUGCUCUGCCCCCAGCCCACGUACAAGGGCAAGCCGGCGGAUAUGUGGUCGCUGGGCGUGAUCCUCUACACUAUGCUGGUGGGCCAGUAUCCCUUCUACGAAAAGGCCAACUGCAACCUGAUCACGGUCAUACGUCACGGCAACGUCCAGAUUCCCAUGUCGCUCUCCAAGUCGGUGCGCUGGCUGCUGCUCUCCCUGCUGCGGAAGGACUAUACGGAGCGUAUGACGGCCAGUCAUAUCUUCCUGACGCCAUGGCUGCGCGAGCAGCGCCCCUUCCACAUGUACCUGCCCGUCAACGUUGAGGUGGCCGAGGACUGGAGCGACACUGAAGAGAACGAGGAGACCGCCGCCGACGCCAUGGACGAGGACGAAGGCGGCCUUUGCCCACUGGGGGAUAAGCAUGAGUACGAGGACAUCGGUGUGGAGCCCUUGGACUACACCCGCACAACGCUGCAAAUGGCACAGAAUGCCACCGAAGCGGUCGCGGAUGUGGAAAUGGGCUGAUCCAGACCCACAAAGACACCCACGGGUUGCUUUUGGGACACGCUGGCGCGUGGGCUGCAUCCGCAGCUGCCGGGAUUGGACAUUCCGGAUGAAUGGACACUGUGGAUAUCCGAGUGAUCCGCCCGUGCGCGCGCCGACACCGACUGCGUUCCACGUCGUCUUCCUGCAGGUGGUACUGCCAACAAAGACUUAAAGCCUCGCUUAGACACAAGACACUUUUUUAGACAGAAAAGAACUCACUGCCUUCCAAUCGCGCUGCGGCGGGAUUCGUUCAAGAAUCGUGCCGCUCCGCAGCCUCCUCUCUGCAACCGAUUCUUCCUAUACCAACCUAUGUACAAUACACAUUUUAUAAUUUUUUUGAAAGCUGUUGAUCUUAUCAAAGGACAGUCGCCCUGAUUCGUUUUUGGGCUUUAAAAACACAUUAUUUUCAUGUUAAAAAUGCAAUGAAUGCAAAUUGUUAUUUAUUAUUUAAUACUUCUGUAUUACGCUUCUAUUACGUCUACUAUAUAAAAAAUCUUGUAAGUGAAAAUCGUGAAAAAAAACAUAAUACAUUGAAAUUUGAUCUCACCAAGAAUAA